AUGGCCUCCCAAGUGUGUCAGAACUACCAUAAGGACUGUGAGGCUGCUGUUAACAGGCAGAUCAACCUGGAGCUCUAUUCCUCCUAUGUUUACCUCUCCAUGUCCUCUUACUUUGACCGGGAUGAUGUUGCCCUGCGUCACUUUGCUGAGUUCUUCAAGGAGCAGUCCCAUGAGGAACGGGAACAUGCUGAGAAACUGAUGGAAUUCCAGAAUAAACGUGGAGGCCGAGUCCUCCUGCAGGAUGUCCAGAAGCCAGAGCAGGAUGAGUGGGGCAAUGGUCUGGAGGCAAUGCAGAGAGCUCUGCAGAUGGAGAAGGAUGUGAACCAGAGUCUGCUGGAUCUGCACAAACUCUCCUCUGGCCACACUGACCCUCAUUCCUCUUACUUUGACCGGGAUGAUGUUGCCCUGUGUCACUUUGCUGAGUUCUUCAAGGAGCAGUCCCAUGAGGAACGGGAACACGCUGAGAAACUGAUGGCAUUCCAGAAUAAACGUGGAGGCCGAGUCCUUCUGCAGGAUGUCAAGAAGCCAGAGCAGGAUGAGUGGGGCAAUGGUCUGGAGGCAAUGCAGAGAGCUCUGCAGAUGGAGAAGGAUGUGAACCAGAGUCUGCUGGAUCUACACAAACUCUCCUCUGGCCACAUGGACCCUCAUCUGUGUGACUUCCUGGAGAGGCACUACUUGGAUGAGCAAGUGAAGAUGAUCGAGAAGCUGGGAGAUCACAUCACCAACCUGAAGAGACUGGGAGCCCCUGAGAAUGGCCUGGGAGAGUACCUGUUUGACAGGCUCACCCUGGGGGAAGAGUGA